UUAAACGCCUGCCACUGCGUGCUGACUGCUAACCAUUUCAGCUCUCUGGGCUCUUCCCAAAAGUUCCUCCCUGAGAUCGAGUUAGAGAUGAGGAGAGUCGCCGGACUCGCCACCAUUUGCCGCUCCGUGGAGGGCGUCCUCGCCGCUCCUUCAGUUGCCGGAAUCCCCGCCCCCCACCAACGCCUUUUUCAAGCGGGUCUUUUCAGCACCGCCACCAAUAAAGGCUCCUCGGCUAGAUCUCAUUGGUUCUCGUGUAACGGUGUCGCCGCACAAGCCGUUGCGGGGACGGUGUUGUUUUCGGUAGCCGCCACUGCGCUCGUGGAAGAGGUCCACGCCAAAGAGCCCGUGCAGUCCAAAUUCCGGCCCAACGACGUGAUUCUCUAUCAGUAUGAAGCUUGCCCUUUUUGUAACAAGGUCAAAGCAUUCCUGGACUACUAUGAUAUUCCAUACAAGGUUGUGGAGGUCAACCCCAUCAGCAAAAAGGAAAUAAAGUGGUCUGAUUACAAGAAAGUGCCUAUUUUGAUGGUUGAUGGCGAGCAGAUGGUUGACUCAUCAGAUAUAAUUGAUAAAUUGACACGAAAGAUCCAUCCGUCUGGGGCCAUUGAUUCUGUUGCAGAAGACGAAGAGAUGAAGUGGCGUGGCUGGGUGGACAAUCAUUUGGUGCAUGUAUUAUCACCUAAUAUUUACAGAAGUACUUCCGAAGCCCUUGAAUCAUUUGACUACAUCACCCGCAACGGUAACUUCAGCUUUACUGAGAGAAUAGCAGCAAAAUAUGCUGGAGCAGCUGCAAUGUAUUUUGUCUCCAGGAAAUUGAAGAAAAAAUAUAACAUCACUGAUGAACGGGCUGCAUUAUAUGAAGCUGCAGAAACAUGGGUGGAUGCACUUAAGGGUCGAGAUUUUCUAGGUGGAACGAAGCCUAACUUAGCUGACCUUGCGGUCUAUGGUGUUUUACGACCAAUUCGCUACCUCAAGUCUGGUAGAGACAUGGUAGAGAACACAAGAAUUGGUGAUUGGUACUCUCGGAUGGAAGCUGCUGUGGGUCUGUCUUCCAGAAUGCAAGCUUAGUUCAAAUAAUUGGUCGAUCUGAUUAGUUCUUCUUACACAUUGGGACUCAAAGAAUCCAAAUGUCUCCCUGUUUAAGUGACAUUUCAUUCCUAUAAGCCUUCAUAGAGAGAUUGUAGAGCAAGUUUUUGGUAUAUUUGGAGUCAAAGUUCGACAUGGUGGGAUUG